AUGUUCCUCUCCCCUUUCUCCGCUUCCCCUGCACUCGCCCGCAAACCCGGCCACACCACCACCGUGUGGCUCGAGGAGUGUGAGCUGCACAUGACGGCAGAGGAGUGUGAGCUGCACAUGUCGGCAGAGGAGUGUGAGCUGCACAUGACGGCAGAGGAGUGUGAGCUGCACAUGACGGCAGAGGAGUGUGAGCUGCACAUGACGGCAGAGGAGUGUGAGCUGCACAUGACGGCAGAGGAGUGUGAGCUGCACAUGACGGCAGAGGAAUGUGAGCUGCACAUGACGGCAGAGGAGUGUGAGCUGCACAUGACGGCAGAGGAAUGUGAGCUGCACAUGACGGCAGAGGAGUGUGAGCUGCACAUGACGGCAGAGGAGUGUGAGCUGCACAUGACGGCAGAGGAGUGUGAGCUGCACAUGUCGGCAGAGGAGUGUGAGCUGCACAUGACGGCAGAGGAGUGUGAGCUGCACAUGUCGGCAGAGGAGUGUGAGCUGCACAUGACGGCAGAGGAGUGUGAGCUGCACAUGACGGCAGAGGAAUGUGAGCUGCACAUGACGGCAGAGGAGUGUGAGCUGCACAUGACGGCAGAGGAGUGUGAGCUGCACAUGACGGCAGAGGAGUGUGAGCUGCACAUGUCGGCAGAGGAGUGUGAGCUGCACAUGACGGCAGAGGAGUGUGAGCUGCACAUGUCGGCAGAGGAGUGUGAGCUGCACAUGACGGCAGAGGAGUGUGAGCUGCACAUGACGGCAGAGGAGUGUGAGCUGCACAUGACGGCAGAGGAGUGUGAGCUGCACAUGUCGGCAGAGGAGUGUGAGCUGCACAUGACGGCAGAGGAGUGUGAGCUGCACAUGACGGCAGAGGAGCAAGUGGACAGUAUUUUGAGGCGCCUCAAAUCAGCUACUGCACCAGCACUGACAGCAGAAGCAUGGGACACGUGGCAUCCUCUGAUCACCAAGAGACAAACGAAAAAGGGCCGCCUUCGUCUCGUUAUGAAGUACUUUUCUGUACACCCAUUUCCUCCUCUUGCUAACCAGCAAGUUUACUCGCCCGCUCCCCUCCUCCCUGCUGACCGACAAGUCUACCCCUCUGCUCCUCCGCCUCCUGCUAACCAUCAGGAAUACCCUCCAGCCUAUUCCCCCGCUCCUCCCCCUCCUGGUAACCAGCAGGACUACUACUCCGCUCCUCCGCCCCCUGCUAACCAGCAGGAAUACCCCCCCCGUAUUCCUCCCCCUCCCCUUUCUAACCAGCAAUCCUACCCCCCUGCUCCUCCGCCCCCUGCUAACCAGCAGGAAUACAAUCCCACUGCUCCCCCUCCUCCUUCUAACCAACUGCUCUAUUCCCCCACUCCUCCUCCUUCUAAUAAGCAAGAAUAUUCCCCUGCUCCUCCCCAUCCUGCUAACCAGCAAAACUACUCCCCCGCUCCUCCUCCCCCUGCCACCCAGCAAAACUACUCCCCUGCUCCUCCUCCCGCUGCUAACCAGCAAAACUACUCCCCCCACGCUCCUCCUCCUUCUCCGCCUCUUCCUCAAUCAGCAGCGCCUGCAGCAAGUGAUUCUUGGGGCUCCAAUGCUCCCUCUGCUGCUGCUCCCUCUGCUGCUGCUCCAUUUGCUGCUGCUCCCUUUGCUGCUGCUCCCUUUGCUGCUGCUCCCUCUGCUGCUGCUCCCUCUGCUGCUGCUCCCUUUGCUGCUGCUCCCUUUGCUGCUGCUCCCUCUGCUGCUGCUCCCCCACUGCCCUCCCCCCCUCCCACCUACCCCUCUCCCUCCCCACCCGCCAACCCUCCUCCCAAUUACCCUUACAGCUACACCCCUCAAUCCGCGGCAACAGCUGAGUAUUCCCAGCAGCCAGCAGCCAGUGCAGGGCAGAAGCAGCCCGUGCAGGCAGCUGCUAGUGCAGGAGAGUACACAGGGGGGGGGUUUGAGGCGUCUCAAAACUCGUCUCCUUACAGCUACACCCCUCAAUCCACGACAGCAGCAGAUUAUUCCCACGAGCCAGCAACUAGUGCAGGAAGACAGCAGCAGUCAGUGCAGGGAGCACCUAGUGCAGGAGAGCACAUAGGGGGGGGCGGGGCGGCUGUAGCAGCAGUUGGGGCGGCAAUGGGUGCUCUGGCUAUUGGUGCUGCUGGGAGCGGAGGCCCCUAUCCCCCUCCCCCAUACAGCUACCCUCCUCCUUCUCCUCAACUCGCCCCCUACGGAUAUCCCGGUUACCCCCCACCUUCUCAAGCUCCCCCCUAUGGCGCCCAGCGUGUGGUGGUUGUGCAUCAUCAUGGCCAUCAUGGUGCGUGUGAUAGUGUGAGUUUGCGUGCUCUAUUGCGAUAG